AUGUCUACCUCUAGCCCACUUAUCCCCGGCAUCUCGAACGAUCAGCUUCAGGGCAUAAUGGCUCUGUUUCAAGGUAUACUAAGAACUGAAAUGGCCAUAUUCAAAACCGAAAUAAGAACUGAAAUGGGUAUGCUAAGGACUGAAAUGAAUCAACUACGCAAUGAGUUUCGUCAGCAAGCCACUCAGCCAGUCACUCAGCCAGUCACUCAGUCAGCCACUCAGCCAGCUACUCAGCCAGCAAUUGCGGAGAACACUGCGGAGAACACUGCGGAGAAACCAAGCGGCAACAAGGCCACCAUCGUCAAAGACAUGGCUCAGCUCUCCACGAUCCCGCGUCAAAUCAUCACUCAGCAAGCGGAGAACACCACUACGAUUUGGCCUACUAUCUCCACAUGCCUGGGCAAUAUCACAUUAUGGUACAUCACUGCAAUGAGCACACAAGAGAAGGAUCUACUGCGUCGAUCACAGCCAAUUGGGCCUCUGCAGGAGGACAUCAGACAAUACAUAUUUGGACGAAUUGAAACCGUCUGA